AUGAAGAAGCCCUACAAGCCAAAUCUCGUGGAAUACAGCAAGUCGUCGACCAAGCGCAAGAAACCUUCCGAUACCCCUACCCCCAUCACAGAACUCAACACCGCCGCUGCCAUAUCCUACUCAGAGCGAAAAGAGGUCCCUUGGGAAGAACAGAGGACUCUCCCCAAGCGGUUUCAUGAAUCAGGCAUUGGCACCUGGCCGGCCUUGAGAAUCAUCAACGAACGUGGUUCGGGCAAGAAGAGAGAGUACCUGUUAGAGUGGGAGCCACACCCGUACACCAAAGAGGUCUUUCGCCCUGACUGGACUGCCGCCACAAGCGUUGGCGUCGCGCUCGUGGAAGCCUGGAAGAACCAGAAGAACCCUCUCAAUCAAGUUUCCGGAUCAUCGAAUGCCAGCGACCGACUCGCGAAUCUCGAGGAACGCAGAAAAAGGGUCACACACACUAUUCAAGAUUCUUCCAGUGAGCCAGGAUCGCAGAACAUCACGCUCCCAACCACGGCAGCUCCGCCAGCCAAAACAUCCAAAACUCCAGACUCUUCAAAUCCACGCCGCGGCAUCCCUUUAUCAUUUCUUGAGAAGAGUCACUCUGUAUCAUCGCCGUUAGAAAUCGCCGAAACACAACAAGAGACUUCUCAGCAGUGGCAACGUCAACUUGUCUCUGUGGACAUUUCUCCCCCCGACAUCAAUACAGCAGAUUACGAAUCGUUGCGAAGUAGCCAGAUCAACUCUGCCGGCGGCAUAGAUUUCUCAUCUCCUCUGAAAUCUCAACUGAUAUUCUCACAACCUGAACGCACUCAGUCCUCGGCAAAAUCUGGGCCCAUCCCGGUCUCUACUCUGCUGACCAACAGACAAAAGAACGGCCUUAAGACUGCUAACAAGAAUCCGCCUUCUAAACUCAAUCCCUCAUCCUCAGUUUCAGCAAAUGGUCAACAGCCAUUGAAAUCUUCCCCUGAUCCUGUCAUCUCAUCAGGUGGGCCUCGCGCAAGCGUCAGUCAUCCCGAAUCAUCACCCACAUCAAGCAAAUUCGGUACACCGGAAUACGUCCCAAGUACGAACCAAGACUCACCACGAGGCAGGGCCGUUAGUAUCGAACUUGGGUCACAACUAGGAUCUCGUCGAAACGGCCAGGCUUUGAAAAUAUCUGACCUGAUUAUUCCUGAAUCAGACUCACAGAUUCUGGUAUCUCAAAAUCAGGCCGCUCAACCGGCAUCGCAAGCCUCGAUUCCCCGCAAUUCCUUUCCAUCGCCUUUGCCACAGGGUUUGCAGACUUCGAAUAAUUGCUCCAAGUCGCUGUUACAGCUAUCUAAUCAGGCAAAUUCAAACCCCCAUUCGCAAGGCAACAGUGUUUCCUCGCCUUGGGAAUUUCGCACACAACAUCCGGUGAAAGAGACUUCUGCGGCUCGCAACCUCUCAUAUCAAGAUCAUAAUCUGCCAACCACUUUGGGCAAACGACUACUCCAGCCUUUUAACUCGCCUAUUCGUUCGGGCGGCAAAGACUCGACACAGUUAAGGCAAGCCCAAGCAUCUCCUCCUGGCUCUACGACUUCGCCUUUGACACUCCGAGAAAGACUUCGUCAGGCCCGAGCUUCCACUACAUUCGCAGACUUGCUGUCCAAUACGGACAUAGAGACACACACGAACGACAUGGACAUGUCUCCGGCUUCAAGCGACACGUCUCCGGCUGCUGGCGGUCGCCAUGAUCGCUCGAGGGAGUCUCCUCUCGAAUCCAGUAGUGGAGCUCAAGGUGUCAUGUACGAUAACGCUAUAGGUGGUAGUGCGCUUCCAAUCCAAAAGUCCAUCGAACAGGAGCAAUUGCUUAAUGAUGAGCAAGACUCUGAAGGCUCAAAGGGAAGUUCUAGUCAACAAUCGGUCGAAAAUGAACGUGAUAUUGCUCAAGUUGACGGGUUGGUAUUGCCCAGCCUGCCAUUACUUGGCCCAAGUGAAUAUGCUCUUGGUCUUCCAGCAGAGGGCAAGAUUCAGUCAGUCUAUGCCGACAUCAUCAAAACCAAGAAGAAAGCCAUCCUCAAGUUCAUUAAUCGGCAUGAAGCCAUUGGCUCAGGCAAUACAUCUCCUAAUAGGACACAUGAGCGGAACGAGAUGAAUGAGCUGAUCCAACUACUGCAUAACACAACCACACAUCUCGACCUUGGUCUACCUGGAAUCUCUACGCAGUAUUCGAUCAACCCAGAGCAACAUGCCGCUUACGCUAACUACGCUGGUUCAAAAUUUUCACUCCUAGGACAUUUAGUCGAUACACUGAAAAGAGUCAGCUGUUCCAUCGUCAUCGCGGCACGGUCAGGUGUCAUUCAAGAUCUGCUCGAGCAGUAUUUGGAAACCAAAGAGAUCAAUGUCAAGCGACAUGAUCGAAGGAGUACUUCUCAAUCGCCGGAUGUGGAACGACCACACGAGUUUCAAGUUGAGCUCAUGAGCACGAUGUCGGACUACACGGUUAACUUGACUCGAACACCCAUUUUGAUGAUUGCUUUUGAUGCUUCGUUUGACGCGCAAGACCCUCAAAUCAAGCGUGUGCGCACGUUAGGGUUGGCUAGAUCGCGAACACUUGUUCCGGUUGUUCAUCUCUUGGUGACGAAUUCCUCGGAACAUGUUGAUCUAUGUAUUCCGAAGAGUCUGCCAUCGCCUAUACGAUUGAAACUACUUGUUCGUGCAACGUACCAAGCCCGCCCGAACCUGGGCGGAAAGCCGACAUACGUCCCCAAUCCUUCGGAUGAACCUCAAGGAAGAGCAAUGGACUUCUCGGAUCUACAACGCGCUCUGAGAAAGAGCCCUGAACGGAAACUUUACAUGUUGGCUUCGAUCAUUACACAAGCUGCCAUGUCAUCCGACUUUGACUCCAAAUGGGGCCUGGGUUCGGUGUCGGAAUUGCAGUUGACUGAAGUCACUGACAGCCCGCCUAAGGUCAGUGGUACCAGUACUGUAGCUGAAACUCCCAAGGACGCUUUUCCACGAUCACGUACUCCUGUCUCUCGUGCAGAUACACCGUCUGGGAAGAAGCGACUGCUAGAAGUCGAAAACGCCGUGGUUGCUCUGAACAAGCGUCAACGUCUCACGCCUACACCUUUGCGUGAAACAGAAAAUGGCAAGAGCAAUGUACAGGUUGCUCAGCCUGUUCAAGCUCAAGACCUCAUCAACAAGCUCCAAGCCGAGCUUACCAAAGAAAGAGAAGCCAGGCUAAAGGCCGAGGAAGAGAAAGAGAAGGUUCAGUUGCAAUUGGACCAAUGGAAAUCAGAUCAUGCGGCGCUCUUACGACGUUAUGAGAAACGAAUGAAGAAAUGUCACGAGCAAGAAAAGACUAAUACCAAACUGGUUCGGACCAUCGAAAAUAAUAAAUCAAGACAAGAGAGGACUAUCGAAGACAACACCACGCUCAAGGAGAAAGUCAAGGGCCUACAACAGGAGCUGAACGCAACACGCGAGGCGAUUAAAUACGGCGGUGGGGAUGCCGCUACCGUGGAGGUGGCUAGAGAAGAAGCUCGAUCUCUUUUGGCAAAGAACAUGCAUUUGGAAAAGUCCCUUGAGAACACUCGCAAGGAUUUUGAAUUCACCAGAGCACAGUACCAAGAAGCCUCCAACAAAGCGGCUGAGUUUGCCAACCAAGCUAGGGAUCUUGAGGAGAAAGUAUCAGAUUUGUCGAAACAGGCAGGUGACGAGAAGCGUCGCUUGCGGGAGAUGAAUUACCAAGAGAGCCUCAACCACCACCUGUCGAAGAUCGCCGAGCUAGAGCAAGAGAAGAGAACCAGAGAUGUGCUCUUGAAGAAGAUUGAGGAGGAAAAUCGCCAACUGAAGCGCAAUCGCGGCGUGCAAACUCGUGGAAGUAGUGCUCAGCCACCUGGAAGUCCUGGGCUGGAUGCACCGAGUGGAAGCCGAGGUCCACGGAGCCGUCAGAAUAGCCCGGCACCUGGUUUGUUCCCACAUCAUGGAAAUACGGCUACAAACCGUGGGAGCUUGCUGAGACAUGAGCGAUAA